AUGUUUUACCCGUCUUCCUUUAGUUGCCUGUCCCUGGAAAAGAUUAUGGAAGUGCACACUGCGGCUACCGCUUCACACUCCUCCUCAACCACUAGGACGGGCGUCCUGCCCAAGGUGGGCCGGAAGAGCAACGCCCCCUCGCAUCAAAAUAUCGCCAUACACAGUACCGGCGCCCUCUUAAACUGUUUGUCCCACCUCUGCGGAGUGCGCUCGGUGCCAGGCCUGUCCAGCUACAUCCCCAUUCCGCUUGGCCAACCGAGAGAGCUGCUUGCGGUCAUCUACACGCAGCUGGCCGCGCUGACAACUUUCAUGGCCUCGGAGGCCAUUGACUCCAGAAAGGGCUUUGCAGUCAUUCAGGGCGGCUGUAUCCCGCAUAUCUACCCGGAGCAUCUAAUGGAGUACACUGACUACGUCGACUGGAUUAAAUUCGACCGGCCAGGUGCCCCAACCAGCCAGUUAGAACUUUUGGCAACAACCUUCACUGCCGAGAAAAUUAAGUCAAGCGAUGGGCUGCCUGACGGAACAUUUACCUUCUCACCAGCGGCUUCCGCGAGGAUUGAGGGCGGGAAGCAGCGGAUGCGACUACAAUAUGAUCCGCUGCCAGAACUCACGAGGGAGGAAUUUGAGCCAGUGUCUAGCAGAGCAUGGACCGAUCUCAUGCUACAAGUGAUAAAGGUGAAUUUUAUUCUAAUAAAAGCCUUAUUCAUCUUUCAGGUGACAUCAGCAUUGCUGGAUGUUCUUUGCGGUACUACGACAUGA